AUGUAAAGAACUGAUGUUUUGGCCAAUAGAACAGGCAUUUUAAUUGCUUUUUUAGCAUUUUGUGUUUUGAUUGCCAUAUUUGGAAGACAAUCACCGGAGGAUAAAACAAUUUCAGAGCGCUUUGAACCCGAAGUGACAGAAUCAGAAAUUCAAUAUUAUUUAGAAAAUGAUAUCAACUUUAACUCUAGCGAUUAAUUUGGGAUUCAGACAAUACAAGAUUGGUUACCUAUUUAAUCGGAAUUAGCACAAUUGAAUUUGGCAUUAGAGUAUUUUUCGCGCUUAAAUUUGGACAAAAUAUUAGAUAAACAUCUUGGUUUAGAGGAAAAAGUAAAUAAAUGUUUGGAUUUACAAUUGAAUUAAGAAUUAGAAAAAUAUGUGAAUGACAUAAAUUCAACCUCAAUAAAUAAUACUAUUAAUUAGGAUGCUCUAUUGAAUUAUAAUGUUCUUUUUGAAAAAAAAAUACAAUUGAAUGAAGCGAUAUUUUAGAAAAAAACUUAAUUAGACAGAUUAACUGCUGAAGAAAAGUAAUUGAAAUAGGAAUGUACUCAAUAUGAGUUGAGUAAAUUAGAAACUAUCACACUGGAAAGUAAAAUUAAACAAUUUGACAAGUGUGCUUAAGAUGUAAAUAAUUUGGAAUCAUAAAUAAUUGAACUGAAUCUAUUAAUUUAAUAGCAGUUAUAGGAAUAAGGGGAUAAAGAAGAUUUAACUAAGGAAUAUUAAAGAGAUUAAGAAUUAGCUAAGAAUAUGAGCAGAUUAUUUAAACCCACUGAAACUAAAAAGUCAGUAGAAAUUCAUGAUGCCAAAUUAGAAGGAAUUCUUAAUGUCUUAGAUUAUAACAUGAAAUAGUAUAAUACUACUGAGGUAUUUCUCAAUGGUUUGAAUUUCCACCCUGAAAUCUAAAAAAAUUAUAUAGAAGAAAUCCAAUAAAAAUAUAUUAGAUUUUAGAGCUAAAGAGAAUAAAAAUAAAAGGAAAAAAAUAAUUUGUAAAAAGAAAUUGAUUACUUGCAAUAAUAAAGGAAGGAAAAAAAUGAGACUUAUCUGACUGCAGUUAAGAGAUUAGAGGAAAUAAGAGCGAAGAAGAAUGAGUUAAAUGCUUAAACCUAAGAUGAAAAAAGAGAGUUGGAUUAGGUUCUUUAUGAAUUGAAGAAUUACAAUCCACAAAGUAACCUUUAAAGUAAUGAAUAAUUGGAUGCAUAAAAGAAAUUUAAAGAAUAUUUAUAUUAGCAUUUGCAAGAGGACUAAUUGUGUGUUGAAAAAUGUAUUGAAUACGAUUCUCUAAAUCAAUAAAUUAAUAUUGGAAGAUAUAGAAUUUCGUUGAAAUCAAUCUAAAAACAUUUCUCAUCUUUGGAAUUAAAAUUUAAAGAAUUCAAAAUUUGA